AUGCGCGCCCACGGCAUGCGCGCAGAUUACUAUGGCCCCGAUAACCCUGCAGAUUAUGUCGACCCUUCCCAGAUCUCAGGAACUCCUUUCACCAACGAGUUCUCCGCCAUUCAAAGCCCAAAGCCUUCCCAGGACUGGAACUGUGAGCAAUGUUAUGACGCUGAGAAUGGGGACGAAGAGGGAGGGCGUGAGAGACACCCACAUGAUGGCAGGGAUCGCGGGGAUUUUAUGCCACCAGGGGAUUACAGUUACACUUGUGACCAGUGCUCAAAGCCAUGCAGAGAUGAGCGUGCCUUGCAGAAACACCAGCGCAGUCACUCCAAGCGUUACGUUUGCCAGGCCAGUUCAGGCUGUGGUUACAAGUUCACAGACAAGAAGGACCUGGAGCGUCACUAUCGGGGAUCUCACCCAAGAUACGCGGAGAAGCUGGGAUUGAAAGAUGGCGAAACAAAAUGUGACAAGUGUGGCAAGUCCUUCACGAGGAAGGACAACAUGCUGAAGCACAGGCAGAAGUGCAAUGGCUGA